AUAGAUUGAGUAAUGAGAAAAUAUGUAAAAGAUCUUAUGAACUCAAAGAUAGGGGUAUGCCCCAGUGUAAGAUAGUGACCAACAUAAGAUACAGAAUGUCACCAUAUAUGACACUUUAGGAUAUGCUCAAUGACAAUGCAAUGAAAACAUAUAGCCUCAAUCAACAAAUGUUCAAACAAGACCAUGCAUCAUAGAAACUAAAAUAAUACGCAAAACAAAAGCAAACCAAGACUCCAAGUCUAAAAUGCACACAAGUCUGAUGUGGCCAAACAAGACCAUGUAUGAUCAUUCAUUCAAAAGCUAACCAAGACUCCAAAUCGGACUUCUGGCUGCCUCAAAACCUGUCAUUGCAUCAAUGUCUGAUGUGGCUGCUAGUGGAGAGUACUACAUGGCAAUGGGAGCAGGGACUAUAGUUACAGAAAAUCUUACCUUAACAGGUUCCAUUGGAGUUGUUACAGGGAAGUUCAAUUUGGGGACACUAUAUGAAAAAAUUGGCUUCAAUAAGGAGAUUAUAUCAGGGGAAGAUUUGCUGAGCUCACUGCAGCCAGCGGCCUUUCAGGUAGAUAAGAUGGAAGAGAAUGCUCAAGGGAGAGUUUGGACUGGUAAAGAUGCAGCUUCACGGGGUUUGGUUGAUGCUAUUGGUGGGCUCUCUCGUGCUGUUGCUAUAGCAAAACAGAAGGUAGAUAAGAUGGAGGAGAAUGCUCAAGGGAGAGUUUGGACUGGUAAAGAUGCAGCUUCACGAGGUUUGGUUGAUGCUAUUGGUGGGCUCUCUUGUGCUGUUGCUAUAGCAAAACAGAAGGCAAAUAUACCUCAAGACAGACCGGUUACUCUUGUUGAGUUGUCAAGACCGUCCCCUACUGUAUCAGAAAUCUUGACUGGCAUAGGAAGCUCUAUAGUGGGUGUGGAGAGAACAUUGAAAGAACUACUGCAGGAUUUGACAUUUUCGAAUGGAGUUCAAGCCCAGAUGGACGGUAUACUGUUACAGAAACUGGAGGAGGCUUCCGAUUCCAACCCCAUAUUCACUCUGGUAAAGGACUACCUAAGUUUCUCCGACCUCAAGAUAUGCCACCCAUAA